UUGGUUUCUCUUCGGAAUCGGUAGAGUAACGUACACCGGAAGUGUUGCGUCGUUUCUGUGUUUAGAGCCGAAAUCUUAAUGCACGUCUUGUUACUGUCGCCAUGGCGUCUCAACAGUAGCUUUUAAUUUGACAGCACUGUUGUUAAAACACAUUUAAGUCGCUGAAACAUGCCGAAAGUCGUGUCUAGAAGUGUUGUGUGCUCCGACACCAGAGACCGGGAGGAGUACGACGACGGAGAGAAGCCUCUCCAUGUCUACUACUGCCUGUGCGGCCAGAUGGUUCUGGUGCUGGACUGCCAGCUGGAGAAGCUGCCGAUGAGGCCACGGGACCGAGCCAGGGUGAUCGACGCGGCCAAACAUGCGCACAAGUUCUGCAACGUGGAGCAGGACGAAAACGCGUACCUGAAGAGAGCCGAGGGUAUCGAGAGGCAGUACCGCAAGAAGUGCGGCAAGUGCGGCCUGCUGCUCUUCUACCAGCACCAGGACAAGAACAACCCGGCCACCUUCAUCGUGGACGGAGCCGUCGUGAAGUUCGGACAGGGCUUCGGCAACACCAGCGUCUACAGCCAGAAGCAGCCGGAAGCUCCCAAGAAGGUUCGAGUCAUGAUGACCAAGCGGACCAAAGAUAUGGGCAAGUUCAGCUCUGUCACCGUGUCCACCAUCGACGAGGAGGAGGAGGAGAUCGAGGCCAGGGAGGUGGCGGACUCGUACGCCCAAAAUGCCAAAGUGAUCGAGAAGCAGCUGGAGAGGAAGGGCAUGAGUAAGAGGAGGCUGCAGGAGCUGGCCGAGCUGGAGGCCAAGAAGGCAAAGAUGAAGGGCACCCUCAUUGACAAUCAGUUCAAGUAGAGGAAUCUCCCCUGAGAAGGACAGAGAAAACACACUGACUGUUGUCUUCUGGAGAUCCUCAUCUGUGCAACAUUGGCCAGAAAUGUUUGUGGUCAGCACAGCAUCAGUAGAGAAAGACUGGACAAUAUUUUGACAUGUAAAAAUAGGACUGAGGGUGAUGGUGGGCUGUAGUUGUAGACCUUUUUUGAAAUGUUAUUUUGUAGAAACAUUCAAGACCCAAUAAAUCUAUUUGUGAUUUUGUAAAAUAUUUUUUUUUACUUCAUGUAAUAUUGCAAGUCCUUCAAAUGUGUUCAGCUGUUUUAAGAAAAUGCAACAUAAAGGCCUGUUCAAAAUGUUGAAUAAGUCAAAUAGUGUGUCUUCAAAAUGUACAUCGCUGCACAGUUCAAGAGUUUGACAAAAAGACAUUUAGCAAGCGACUGAGUAAGUCUUUCCAAGAGAAAAGUUAAUGUCAUUUUUUAUUACCAAAUCUCCUUCAGUUAUAAAGUAGACAUUUAAAUAAUAGAUUAAUCAAUGAGACACUUCGCAAAAGAUGUUUAAAGGUGCAAUCUGUGAUCGAAAUGCAAACUGUGUAUCCCCACCACCAGUCUGACACUCAACAGCACCGACUAAAUCUAGGUUUUGUAUUUUCUGAUGCUCAUGAAGGUGUGUUUACAUCAGAGUAAAACUGGUCCAUAUUUUCAAUUAUGAAUUAUCAGAAACCUGUCGGUCCAUCAUUUUGGUGCAGACUGUAAUAUCUAAACAACGCGAUGGAUCGCCAUAACAUUUUUUCCAAACUUUCACGUUCCACAGAGGAUGAAUCCUACUGACUUUGAGGAUCCCGACUUUUUGUUUAAUGCCUCCAUGAGGUUGAUAUUUCUGUUUUUUAAUAAAAUAUCUCAACAACUGUU